AAACCUUUGAAAUGCUUAUCAGACUGGCUGAGAAUUACACAAGCACACUUUUCUGCACUGCAUAUAGAAACAUGGCUGCUGAGGCUACUGUGCGUGUUCAGGAGUUUUUCACUGAUGUUGGACUCUUCGUAUUUGGCACAGACAUUAGCACAGAGGAAUUUGUGAAUCGAUUUUUUGACACCCUGUUUCCAGUAGUCUACAGCCACGUGAUUAACCCUGGUCUGACUGACAUUUCACUGGAAUAUGCAGAGUGUCUACGAACGGCGAGAAGAGACAUCAGGCCCUUUGGCAGUGUUCCCAAAAAGGCCAUAAGUCAAAUGGGAAGAUCCCUCUUAUCCAGCCGGACUUUCUUGCAGGCUCUGAAUUUGGGGAUUGAAGUGAUCAAUACAACGGAUCACCUGCAUUUCUCCAAAGACUGCAGCAGAGCUUUACUGAGAAUGCAGUACUGCCCCCACUGCCAGGGACUGAUGAUGAGUAAGCCCUGCAUGGGCUACUGCCUCAACAUCAUCCGGGGCUGCUUAGCCAACACAGCAGAAAUUGAUCUUCAUUGGCGGGGAUAUAUUCAGUCCCUGGAGGAGCUCUCAAGCGCCAUGAGUGGAACACACGACGUUGAGCACGUGCUUCUCAACUUUCAUUCGCUUGUUAAUGAUGCUCUGGUACAGGCUCAUACCCAUGGGCCAGAGUUAUCUGAGCAGACUUCACUGACAGUGACAUAUUCUAUGUUUAAUGCUGGAUUGGAUAACUUGGUUUGGGGAGAUGCCUUUAGUUUUAUGGUACACACAAGUCUGAAGAGUGUGUCUGGGUGUCCCUGUGGUGUGGCAUCAGCUGAGGUGCAGUAAUACUUCUAGGACUGCCAUAGCCUCAGU